AUGAUACAGCCACCGUCAACACCUUCCAAGCAGAUCAAAAGGCGCUACGACCUCCAGGAUUCGCCAACCAAACCAAAAUCUAAGCGUAAAAAAGAAUGCCAUAUUCACAAAUUACCUGAUGAGCUCCUUGAUAUGGUAGUGCUCAAUCUCGAUAGGAGAACUCUGCUUAGAUUCGGCAGAGUUUGUAGAAAUUUUCAAAACAUCAUCCUGCCGCACGUGUACAAGCGUCCUUCGAUAAACUCACUCGAAUUUCUUCCGCCUUUUCAUUCAGUCGUGCUAGAAUAUCAGCUCCAAUGUGAAUCUUUAGAUAUAGAUGUCAUGUUGGAAGAUCAACGUGACCUGGAUAUGGUUGCUGGUUUACUAAAUAGUCAGCGUAAUUUGAAGCACCUCUCUAUAUCCAUAAACAAGACAAAUCUUAAUACCCCAAAUGACCUAUUCAAAUCUAUAAGUGACUCAAACAAGUUGGUAUCUCUCUCUGUAUUCUACGAAGAAGAUGAAGGGCACAAUCUGCUAUCAAGGCUCAUCGAUAAUCUCCCACCGUCUAUCAAAUUGCUCUCUUUAUUGUCUGGUUGGUACAGCGUGUGGAACAGCUUGCUCGAAACUCAAAUCGAGCACUUGCGAUUCAGAAUUUGGAAUGAAGAGGACAACCCUAUACGGCCGUAUCACUUACAACGGUUCAACUCCCUCAUCAACGCGAAUGACAAAGUCAGCAAAAUAGAAAUCGAGACUAUCAAUCAGUAUCUCUGUGGAUUCUACCAGAGAGGAGACAAAAUCAAUUAA